GCGAGUUAAUGGCUCCUCCUGCUACGGAGAGAGGCAGAGCUGGCACCGAGCGGUGAAACGGGGUUAGCUGAAAUACCACCGAGCGGGGUGAAAAAACAGCAAUUACAUCCCAAAACCAGGGAGUUUUAGGUCGCUAUCGGUGGGGAUAUUUGGGGGAAAGGUCGUCUGGGUGGCUGUUCCAGUGAAAGGGCAACAUUUUACCCGUGGGUGGUUGAGGACAGCGGUGUAUUUUUUUCCGACAACCAACUCCCCAGAUGAACUCCCUCAGAGCCACCAACAGGAGACCCAGGCGAGUAUCGAGGCCGCGCCCGCUGCAGCCCGAACGAAUCAACGGGGAUAGAGAUGAGGAGGCUCCUGCGGCCGCUGCAGCAGAAAUGGCUAUUGAGGAGUCCGGCCCAGGUGCUCAGAACAGUCCCUACCAGCUCCGACGCAAGACCCUGCUUCCCAAGAGAACCACUGCUGCCUCUGCCUCUGCCACCGCCUCUGCCUGCCCCAGCAAGGGCCCCAUGGAGGGAGCUUCCACUUCGUCAACAGAUGCCUUCGGUCAUCGAGCCAAGCGGGCACGAGUGUCCGGUAAGACCCACGACCUUCCAGCAGCCCCAGCAGAACAGUAUCUGCAGCAGAAGCUUCCAGAUGAGGUUGUUUUGAAGAUUUUCUCCUACUUGCUGGAGCAGGACCUUUGCCAGGCAGCCUGCGUGUGCAAGAGAUUCAGCCAGCUAGCGAACGACCCCAUCCUAUGGAAACGGCUAUACAUGGAGGUCUUUGAGUACACGCGUCCCAUGAUGCACCCUGAGCCGGGCAGGUUUUACCAGGUCAGCCCUGAGGACCACGAGCACACGAACCCGUGGAAAGAGAGCUUCCAGCAGCUGUACAAGGGUGCACACGUAAAGCCAGGCUUUGCCGAACAUUUCUACAGUAACCCCGGCAGAUACAAAGGCAGGGAGAAUAUGCUGUAUUACGACACCAUCGAGGACGCCCUCGGAGGUGUCCAAGAAGCCCACUUCGACGGUCUCAUCUUUGUUCAUUCUGGAAUCUAUACGGACGAGUGGAUUUAUAUAGAGUCUCCCAUCACCAUGAUUGGUGCAGCACCUGGGAAAGUAGCAGACAAGGUCGUCAUAGAGAAUACUAGAGAUUCAACGUUUGUCUUCAUGGAGGGAUCAGAGGAUGCAUAUGUGGGAUACAUGACGAUUAAGUUUAAUCCAGAUGAUAAAUCGGCGCAGCAUCACAACGCCCACCACUGUCUGGAGAUCACAGUCAACUGCAGCCCAAACAUCGACCACUGUAUCAUCCGCUCCACGUGCACAGUGGGUUCAGCUGUGUGUGUUAGCGGCCAGGGUGCCUGUCCAACCAUCAAACACUGCAACAUCAGCGACUGUGAGAACGUGGGACUGUACAUCACAGACCACGCGCAGGGCAUUUACGAGGACAACGAAAUCAGCAACAACGCGCUGGCAGGAAUCUGGGUGAAGAACCACGGUAAUCCCAUCAUUAGGCGUAACCACAUUCACCACGGACGAGAUGUAGGAGUGUUCACGUUCGACCACGGCAUGGGUUACUUUGAGAACUGCAACAUUCAUAGAAAUCGCAUAGCGGGCUUUGAGGUGAAGGCAUACGCCAACCCCACGGUUGUUCGCUGCGAGAUCCACCACGGCCAAACGGGAGGCAUCUACGUCCACGAAAAGGGGCGGGGCCAAUUUAUAGAAAACAAAAUCUAUGCCAAUAACUUCGCUGGUGUUUGGAUCACGUCCAACAGCGACCCGACGAUACGGGGAAAUGCUAUAUUCAACGGUAACCAAGGCGGGGUGUACAUAUUUGGAGACGGCCGUGGGUUAAUAGAAAGUAAUGACAUCUACGGUAACGCCCUGGCUGGGAUUCAGAUCCGAACAAACAGCUGUCCCAUCGUAAGGCACAACAAAAUCCACGAUGGGCAGCACGGCGGCAUCUAUGUGCAUGAGAAAGGCCAGGGAGUGAUCGAGGAGAAUGAGGUUUACAGCAACACGUUGGCUGGAGUCUGGGUGACCACAGGCAGCACCCCCGUCCUCCGUAAGAACCGCAUCCACAGCGGCAAACAGGUUGGUGUGUAUUUCUAUGACAAUGGUCACGGCGUGCUGGAAGACAAUGACAUCUACAAUCACAUGUACUCCGGUGUACAGAUAAGGACGGGAAGCAACCCAAAGAUAAGGCGUAACAAGAUCUGGGGAGGGCAGAACGGAGGGAUAUUGGUCUACAACUCAGGGUUGGGCUUCAUCGAGGACAACGAAAUCUUUGACAACGCCAUGGCCGGCGUGUGGAUCAAGACGGACAGCAACCCCACGUUGCGGAGAAACAAGAUCCACGACGGAAGAGAUGGCGGCAUCUGCAUCUUCAACGGAGGCAGAGGUCUGCUAGAAGAGAACGACAUCUUCAGGAACGCACAGGCCGGCGUGCUCAUCAGCACCAACAGCCACCCCACGCUCCGCAAGAACCGCAUUUUUGACGGCUUCGCUGCAGGCAUUGAAAUCACUAACCAUGCAACGGCGACGUUGGAGGGCAACCAGAUCUUCAACAAUCGCUUCGGGGGACUUUUUCUGGCCUCGGGAGUUAACGUCACCAUGAAAGAUAACAAAAUUCAGAAUAAUCAGGAUGCAAUAGAGAAGGCGGUGAGCAGGGGGCAGUGUCUCUACAAGAUCUCCAGUUACACCAGUUAUCCCAUGCAUGACUUCUACAGGUGUCACACCUGUAAUACAACAGAUAGGAACGCCAUCUGUGUUAACUGCAUCAAAAAGUGUCACCAAGGACACGACGUAGAGUUUAUACGACACGAUCGGUUCUUCUGCGACUGCGGAGCAGGAACGUUGUCCAACCCGUGCACGCUGGCCGGAGAGCCCACACACGACACGGACACUCUGUACGACUCGGCGCCGCCCAUCGAGUCCAACACGCUACAACAUAACUGAAGGCGGCUGCUCGAGUUAGAGCCCACCUUUUACCCCCCACCCACCCCCCUCCACCCGAUUUCCCCCCCUCGCCGCCCCCCAGAUAAGCAAACAAACACAUUGCAUUACACACAGCCAUACACACACAGUGGUAUACGUGCAUCCGCCUGCAGCUAUAAGGACCCAGAGAGACUCUGAGCGCAGCGCUCUCGGACGGGAUCAAAAGCGGAAAGAGGCUGCAGAGGAAGGGGCCUCAUCUGGCCGCGCUCGCCACAGCAGGUCACUAGAGGGAGCUGUGGAGCUGGACUUUUGCAGAACGUGUUCUGAGGGGGGCUUUUGAGGUCCACCUGGUGGCGCUUAGAGCAUGGGGGUCUCCACGGGGCUGCUCCUCAGCUUCUGGCCCCCUUUCUCAAGAACUGCUGUUUUAAAAAGACUUCCUGCUUCCUCACAGCUGCCAUCACCAUUGGAUUAAAAAAAGGAAAAGAUUGGUCAUGCGUGCGUGUGUGUGUGUGUGUGUGUGUGAGAUGGAGCACUUGGGCUUUUUUAAAAAAAAAAUUAUAUAUAUAUAAAUAUAAAUAUAUGUUCUGAUGAAUGGAUUUUAUUUCAAUGCUUUCUCAUGUAGUUUUGUAUUUUCAAGCAAAAAGCUGACUGUAUUUGAAUGUCUUUUAUUUUAUUAUAUAUUAUUAUAAUUAUUAUUUUUCUUUGGUUAGCGUCCCUUCCUCCGCCUCCGCCGCCCGCCACGUCGGACUGCAGCGACUGAACGGUUCCAGUAGUGAAUUUCUUUCUGUGAAAGAGGACCUUGUUAAACACUACAAACCCUCUCCCUGUGAGUUAGUUUAAAUGGCCGGUGGAGGGGGCUCCACGCUUGUAUAAAGAGGUGUGUGUAAAUGUGUGUCGUGUACAGUGCAACGUUUGUGUGCGUGCGUGUGUUUCCGUUGUUGCAGUCAGUGUUUUCGUGGAGAGGGUUUCAGCAGGAGGCGCCGCAGCUCCUUUUUAACUGGAACCGAAGUCAGCCUGCAGCCCCCCCCCCCUUUCUUCCUCCCCCUCCGUUUCCACCCCCCCCUCCCCCUCCCCCAGUGUAUCGUGGUGACUUUGGCUCCUCAUGCAGCCUGAAUCGUAUGCAUGUACCAUAACAUCUAGACUUAAUAUAUUGUGAAGUAUUCAAUAACCAUUAGUAGAUGCUAGUUGAAAUUCAAAAAGGGGUAUACUUUCUUAGAAAGACAAAAGAAAACUGAAAACUUGCCAUUUCUAAGAAAAUAAAACUUUAUUAGAUCAAA